GAGAGCCGAGAGAAUUAGCGUCAAAUGGCCGAAUCGAACCCAACAGAAUCAGCUCUACUAGCUUCAAAAAUAUGCAAUCAGAUAAGCUCCGUCUUCUCCACAAAAUCCCCAAAUCCAGCAGCAUUAGACGUGUUGGUGCAAGAAAUCGCAGAUGCUGCUAACCGCAACGGCCGAAUAUUCAUAUACGGCGUGGGCCAUGAAAGAUUGAUGUUGAAAGCCCUAUCCAUGAGGCUUUUCCAUCUCGGUUUAUUAGCAGACUGCGUCUUCGACAUGAACACUCCUCCAAUUGGUCCCUCCGACCUCCUAAUAUCCUUCGCCGGUUCAGGUGGUUUCUCCACCGUCGAUGCGAUCUGCGGAGUGGCCAAAUCUAACGGCGCUCGUGUAUUGUUGCUAACAGCUCAUCCUGAUUCGGGAUCUUCAAUGAAGUACGCGAGUGUUGUAGCUUAUAUUCCGGCUCAGACGAUGGCAGAUGAUAAUGUCGGUGACGGAGAGAAGGAACGACCGCUGCUUCUGAUGGGGAGUGUAUAUGAAGGAGCGAUGUUUGUGCUGUUUGAGAUGGUUGUUUUCAAAUUGGGUGAAAUAUUGAAGCAGAGUCCUGGAGAUGUAAGAGCACGCCAUACCAAUUUGGAGUAAGCAGAAGUUAAAACAUUUU